AUGUUUAUCGUUACUCAAGCGAUGUAGGAAUAUAAUGCAUUUAAACAAAAUUUAAAUGAAUUAAAACAAUUACGCUGGCAAAUGGAACAAACCAAUGAGACAGUGGCACACUUGAGAAACGAAAUCAAGACAUUAAAGACAAGCAAUCUUGGACUCGUACAACAAAUUGACAGUUAUGAAAAACUUGCUUUAAACAACAAACAAACGGAAGAAGCACUGAAAAUACAGAUCCUGGAUCUUCAGCAGGAAUUAAAUCAACUCAAGAAAUCUGAAAAGAACACCAAAAUCAAAUACAAUCGACUCAAUACAAGUUUUGAGACCCUUCAAUUGACUCACGAGGCACUUGUGAAAGAACACGAUGCUAUGCUCUCUAAAAAAGAAACUCAACUCGUUCCAGCUAAAUCUUUUUCUGAUCAAAACAAGAAUACAUGUCUGGACAUGAUUCUGCCUGAGCCCAUUCCCAACACAAAACGACCGACCAAAGUACCCGCGGAAGACAAAAUUAAUGCUACAGACACACGCGUCCUUAACCGUCGAUUGAGACGUGUGUUUGAUAUGUCGGAACUGAGUGACCUAAGUAAUUCGAUUUUAAGCACUAUUUUAGUUGAAUUAUCCAAUUAUAGGACUCAAUUUGACUGGGUCCAUGACACACCAUACUUUUAUCCAUUAGUGGCUAGUAUCCAACAACUCCUCACAGAGAUCAGCACCAUGCGAAUGACACUCAAUGAUCUGCAGGCUGAUUACGUCAGGCGUAUUGAACGCCUUACCACAAGUCAUACUGUCUAUACGUCCAUGGUGGCCAAUUACAACAUCAAGCAUCGUAUCCCUAAAGAAUUCCCUCAACGUAUCAGGAAACGAUCAGUUGAAAAUAAGGCGUCUUUUAUGCAAGGAUUGAUGUCGUUUUUUAAUGUCUAAUUGGAAAUAAAAUCCCAUACAAAAUUCGUUUUUUCGUAAUCCACAUUGGUUCUUUUCAUCGUUCUUAGUUCCUGUUGAUUCGCUGAAGCUACAGAUAUCGCAUGAGACAAGUACACUGGU